AUGACUGAAUUGGUAAUUGGCACCGCCGCCGCUGCCACCACUACUGCCACUGCCUCAAUGGCUAGUGUUGAUAUACAGCAUGAACCAGGGAAGAGUAUUUAUUCAGGACGGGAUUCUGACGAUCCUGUCUCUCAAAUCAAUACUGAUGCCUUUAGUAUGGGUAAAAAAGAAAAGAGGAACAAGAAGGUAAAGUCUCUAUCAUCAGAAGACAAUGACAAUGACAAUGAAAAGGAGAAGGAAAAGAAGAAGAAGAAGAAGAAGAAGAAGAAGAAGGGGAAAGAAACUAGGCAAAAACAUAAAGAUACUAAGACCAUUGAUGUAUCAAUUAAAGAUUUCUCCAAACGAUUAAAUGUUCGAGGAUUAAGUAGAAAGGAUAUUAAAUUGAAUUUGAAAGAAAUGUCUAAUUAUUAUGAAAACAGUGAGAUGCAAAUUGAUAACAAGUUACUGAAUAGUGAAUUAACAUGGUUAGAUGAUAUUCCAUAUUUUAAACAAUUAAGGACGAUUCGAUAUGACGAUGAGAAUGAAAAUGGGCAUAGAAAUCAAUAUAAUAAAUUAUUGCAUGAUACAAUUGAAAUUUAUCUGAAGAGAAUUGGUAGAAAUUUUGAAAAUAUUGCAAAAGAAAGUAAUGAAAUUUUACAUAUUAAAAUAGAAAAAUAUGAGAAAGAAUGGGAAUUGAAAAAUGGUGGUCCAUUAUCUGAUAUUCCUAAACAAAUAGAAAUUGAAGUUAUUAAAGCAUUGAAACAAAAGAAAACAUUGGAAGAAUAUGAUGAAGAGUUAUUGAAGAAAAUAACCGCUUAUCAGAGAUUCAAAGAAUUGCAAGCUGAUCUUAAUACAGGGAAGAAAAAAUUAGAGAUGGACCAUUUUCCGGUAGUUUAUACGUUACCUGGUACACCUGAAUUUGAAUAUUUAUCAAAUAGUAUACGACUAAUAUCACAAAGAAGAACUAUAUGUUUUACUAUUGAUGUGGAAGCCUUUGAAUUAAAUAAUGAUAUUAUUACAGAAUUCGGUAUAUCAAUUUAUGAUCCUCGUGAGAAUUUUUUCUCAAUGACACCAAUAAUAAAAACGUACCAUUUAAUUGUUAAAGAAGUGUUAGCAUUAAGGAAUUGUAAAUGGAUAUGUGAUUAUAAAGAUUGUUAUUUAAAUGGAGAAAGUUUAGUGCUGACAUUAAAUCAAUGUGUUGAAUUUAUUCAAAGUUUGAUCAAUUAUUAUAUGAUUCCAAAGACUGAAGAAGAUAGGACGUGGUCUAGAGCUUUUAUUGGACAUCAUGUUCAAGGAGAUCUUGAAUGGUUGAAUAAAAUUGGUAUAAUAAUCCCCGAGGAAGAUAUUAAUUAUGAUCUCUUAAAUUGCUCUAUUAAACGUAAUAGUUUCAAAUAUUUUGCAUUGGAUACAGAAUUACUUUACAAAAGAACGUAUGGUGAAAUUAGUUGUAAUUUAGGGAAAAUAUUAAGAUUACUGGAAAUUCCUCAUGCUUUCUUACACAAUGCUGGGAAUGAUUCGUAUUAUACUUUACAACUAUUAUUGAAAUUGUGUGAUUUUAAUUUUAGAAACGAGAAAAACUUGGAUGAUUUAAAAUUAAUUGGUAUUAAAAUUAGGAAUUGGAUUAAACGUGAAAAAGAUGAACCUAAAGUGGUGCCCUUGUCGUAUGCCAUAUCUGUCAUUGAAGCAAGUACUAUACCUACAAGAUCUAAUAAAGAUAAAACAGGAGAGGAGGAGGAGGAGGAAGAAGAAGAAGAAGAAGCUGUAAUGAUAAUUCAACCUAAGGAAGGUGCCACUGAAAGUAGAGGUAAAGGCAAAGGUAGGCGACCAAAAAGAGUUAGAAUAAGGAAGCAAAAGGAUUUAGUUGCACAAACAGAAUUUGGUGGCUCGAAAUGGUUUUCAAGGGCUAAAGAUGCAUUUAUGAGUACAUUAUAG